ACAUGGCUGCGUUUAAGAAUUGGCUUCAUGCGCCUUUGAGCAGCUCCCAUAGGAAUCCAUGGAACCGAUAAACGGAAGCUGUCUCCAGUUCUUAUAUAUUUCGAUGGUGAACUGAAUGGAAAAGAAGAAAAAGAAAAAAAUAAAACAAGAAGAAGAAGAAGAAAGAAAAAGAAGAAGAAAAAGAAAGAAGAAGUACGAUAUGUCUUCUUCGACGAGCCGUAGUUUUAUGCAGGACCUUUGCCCUUUCACUCUGCAGUAAAACCUGCAUUGUAGCUUUUGUGGGACGAGUUAGCAUAAUAACUGGUAGAAAUGGCUGCAGUUUGGCGAGCUCGUAAUUUUUCCCGUUGUGUUGUGCGUUUUUCUGACCGCGAACUGUACUAAAUUCAUCUGGUGACACAAUAGAGGACUUCUCGGAUAAUCUACUAUGGCAGAGAGCGAAAUUAAUUCUGCUGAUAUCCUGGAAGAGGAAGAGGAAGAGGAAGAAAAAGAAAAUGAACCUAAAGAAAAUGAAAAUUCUCGCGAAUCUGACCUCCAACUGGAGCUCAGCGUUUUUCGGGCACAGUGGAUGUCUGAACUGAUACCAUCUGCUGGGUCCAUCGCUGGUAAGAAAGAGCUGUUACGAUCAGGGGAUCUGAAGAGAAAACAUGACCUUGCUCAAGAGGAGAAGGCCAGGGAGCUGUUCCUCAAAGCAGUGGAAGAAGAGCAGAAUGGAGCUGUAUAUGAAGCUAUCAAGUACUAUCGCAUGGCAAUGCAACUUGUGCCGGAUAUUGAGUUUAAAAUAAACUACAGCCGCUCGCCUGAUCCAGACAACACGGAAGACAAAGAAAGAGAUGGUGAGAUUGCUGACCUGCUCACCUACUUUCAGCAGCAGCUCACUCUGCAGGACAUGUCCCUGAAGAUAUGUGAGCCUGAAGUGGAAACAACGCAGGUGCACAUUUCAGCUCUGCCCACAGAGGUGCUCAUGUACAUCUUCCGCUGGGUUGUGUCCAGUGAGCUGGACCUGAGGGCCUUGGAGCAGCUCUCCCUGGUCUGCCGGGGCUUCUACAUCUGUGCUAGAGACCCAGAAAUUUGGCGCUCAGCUUGUCUUAGAGUGUGGGGACGGGGCUGUACCAAGAUGAUUCCCUUCAGUUCCUGGCGGGAGAUGUUUUUGGAGAGGCCUCGUGUGCGCUUUGAUGGUGUAUACAUCAGCAAAACAACAUAUAUUCGCCAAGGAGAGGAAUCCCUGGACGGAUUCUACAGAGCAUGGCAUCAAGUUGACUACUAUAGGUACUUGCGUUUUUUUUCUGAUGGCCAAGUGAUGAUGCUGACCACACCUGAGGACCCACUCACCAUCGUUCCUCGUUUACGCAGCAGGAACCCCAGGGGAGACUCUGUAAUGUUUGGUCAUUUUCGUCUGUCCCAGGACACAGACAAUCAAACCAAAGUUUUUCUUGUUGUUUCCAAGAAAAAAGAAGAGAAGGUGGCAGAGUAUCAGAAGAACAAGUUCUACCGGCGGAGCCCGGGGUCGGAUUCAGAUCACAGUUUCCAUGUAGGACUGCAGCUGUCCUCUGGGGGGUGCCAGCGCUUCAGUAAGCUGGUGUGGAUCCACCACUCCUGCCACAUUACCUACAGGUCAACUGGGGAAACGGUGGUCACCGCUUUCAACAUGGACAAGACUUACACACCUCUGUUCUUCGCACGUGUGAAGAGUUACACUGCAUUUUCAGAAAAUCCCCUGUAGGCCAACUGCCGGAAGAAAGAUACUUCACAAAGUUCUCACACAUGCAUACACAGACAAACACAAACACACAUGCACACGCAUACAUACAUUUGCACCUCUUGUGGAACUCCCCUGCUCACGUCUUUCAUGCUGGAUGAAGAUUUUGAGGAAUGUAUACAGAUAAUGGUGUGAAUCUCUUAGCUUCCUUCACAGGUUGAAACUUUGAAAUCCUUGAAAAUUCUUGUCAUAUACGCAUUAAGUGUUCUAUGAGGCAUAAUGCUGAGAAAUAAUUUGUUGGUUGUGUGUUCUUGACUAUUCUGAGCAAUAUCUAUGUGCAAAAAGUGAAUGGCAUCACACACAGAAUGGCAUUAAAUGUUGUCAUUUUCAUUGUACUAUAAAAUCAGUCCCAAUGUA